GCGCAGUCGGAGCUUCAGCCCGGUAACCGAGCGCACACUGAGCCUCGCUGUCUGCGCACCGCCCGCUCUCCUCCACUCGCCUCAGCCUCUUUGAGCGUUUUUGCCUCCUGCGUUGAUCCCCGUCUCUCCGCGUCCCUCCCUUCCAAUCCAUCCAUUUGUCGGUCGCUUCCUGAGCCCGUCUGUCCAGCAUGUCGCUGAAGGUCCAGACCAGCAAUGUGACCAACAAGACAGACCCAAAGUCCAUCAACUCCCGGGUGUUUAUCGGCAACCUGAACACAGCAGUGGUGAAGAAGUCGGAUGUGGAGAGCAUCUUUUCCAAGUACGGCCGGGUGCUGGGCUGCUCCGUGCACAAGGGCUACGCCUUCGUCCAGUACGCCAGCGAGAGGCACGCCAGGGGGGCCGUGAUUGGGGAGAAUGGCAGGGUGCUGGCUGGACAGACGCUCGACAUCAACAUGGCAGGAGAACCGAAGCCAAACAGACCUAAAGGCCUGAAGCGAUCAGCAGCUUCUCUCUACAGUGGCUAUGAGUUUGACUAUGAUUACUACAGAGAAGACUUCUAUGACAGGUUGUUUGAGUACCGUGGCCGGGUGUCUCCUGUCCCUCGGGUCGUGCCCGUCAAACGCCCACGGGUGGCAGUGCCUCUGGUACGACGGGUCAAAUCCUUGCCGGUCAAACUGCUGGCGCGUAACGCCUCUGUCCUCCCCACCAGCAAUGGCAACAAACAGAGAUCAGUGAAAAGCACAGAGCUCCAGGCGAUAAAGUCAGAGUUGACUCAGAUUAAAGCCAACAUCGAGGCUUUGCUGGGCAGACUGGAGCAGAUCACAGAAGACACACACAUCACCGCCACAGAGUUGAGGAAGGCAGAGGAGUGUAGUAACGAGGAGGCAUGGCAGGAAGCGGAGGAGUCCAGCUCGGAGCUGGAUGACGAGGAGGAGCAGAGACAGAACAGCGAAGCGGAGGAGGAGGAGGAGGAAGAAGAUGAGGAAGAGGAGGAGGGAGUGCACACGCAGGACGACGCCCACGACCACAUGGUAAACAGUCGCUUAUCAUCAGAGAUGGACUCCAUUCACCCAUGAGAGGUCGUGUGGCCUAUGGAGGAAGAGGGGGAGAGAGAGAGAGAGAGAGAGACAGAGAGAAAGAGAGAGAGAGAGAGCCAUCAACGGACAGAGAACUGGAUAACAAGCACAGGAAGGCCGUCAAACAGCAAGGGGCCAGACUCCCUCUCCCUCUCUCUCACACACACACACACACACACACACACACACACACACACACACACACACACACACACACACACACACACACACACACAAACUAAAAACACACAGCAGAGAGACAAACUUGACACUUUUCUCAGAGCCACAG